CGACGUAGGCUAAUAAGAAGCUGAUUUCAGCCUCGUGGACUAUUUUCACUCACGUUGACAUCAGCCUCGUGGAUCGCUUACGGUUUGGGGCGAUAUGUGUGGUGCAGGUGUAUGAGAACCAUUCAACAAAACCAGAUUCCUCGUCCAAGAGGGUUUCUGUGUAAAAUGGACGUUUUAAAGAACAAAGAGCUCGACGGAGCCCAGGCUGCGUUUGAAUAAAGAGCUGGAGGUGACGCGGUUAGCGCCUUUAACCGCAGUGCGCAGGCGCGGUGUACACAUAACACACCAUUACAGCAAAAAAAUGGCGGCCGCCGUUGAGAAUGUUGUUAAAGUGUUGGGCGAACAGUACUACAAAGAUGCUAUGGAACAGUGCCACAGUUAUAAUGCCCGGCUGUGUGCGGAGCGAAGCAUCCUCAUGCCUUUUCUGGACUCCCAGACCGGAGUGGCUCAAAGUAACUGCUACAUCUGGAUGGAGAAAAGACACAGGAGUGCAGGCAUCGCGCCAGGCCAGUUGUACACAUAUCCUGCCCGUCGCUGGCGAAAGAAGAGGCGAGCACAUCCUCCAGAAGAUCCUGCUUUAGUAUUUCCCCCGCUCAAAGCAGCAGAGUUGGAAUUGGGGCUAAAGAAAGAUGUAUUAGGGUCGUUGGAUGGUAGCAGCCUGGAGGCCUUACUAAAAGGAGAACCAAUGGAUAAGAGAGCGCCUACAGAAAUCCGGGGCCCUGAGGAAGACUCUAGUCAGGCAGAAAUCACUGGCACCACUGGGGCUAGUAGCCACAGUACCUCCACCCGAGUUCGAAAGAGAAUACUGGAGCCAGAAGAUUAUCUGGAUGACCUGGACGAUGAAGAUUUUGAGGAGGAGACUCCAAAAAGACGAAAAGGAAAAUCUAAGGGUCGUGGAGUGGGAAAUGGGAAGAAAAAAUUGGAAGCUGCAGCAGCAGCGCUGGAAGACCGUGAUAAACCUUAUGCCUGUGAUAUUUGUGGAAAGCGUUAUAAGAAUAGGCCGGGCCUGAGUUACCACUACACCCACUCUCACUUGGCUGAUGAAGAGGGCGAGGACAAAGAGGAAGCUGAGAUCCACCCUCCUGCACCACAGGAGGAGACCAAGACUCCUAAGAAAGGACCCAAUGGUUUAGCACCACCGAAUGAUUACUGUGAUUUCUGCCUGGGUGACUCAAACAUGAACCAGAAAACAGGCCAGUCUGAGGAGCUUGUGUCCUGCUCUGAUUGUGGACGUUCAGGUCAUCCUUCUUGCCUGCAGUUUACAGCAGUAAUGAUGGCAGCAGUGAAAACAUAUCGGUGGCAGUGCAUUGAAUGCAAGUGCUGUAAUGUUUGUGGCACAUCUGAGAAUGACGACCAGCUCCUGUUUUGUGAUGAUUGUGACAGAGGAUACCAUAUGUACUGCCUCACUCCCCCCAUGUCAGAUCCUCCAGAAGGAAGCUGGAGUUGUCGCUUGUGUCUGGAUCUUCUGAAGGACAAGGCUUCCAUAUACCAAAGCCAGAAUACCACAAUGGAGUAAUCACAAAAGGACUUUUUGUGAAACCACACAAGAACACAUUCCCUUCUUCCUCCUCACUUACAAUAAAAGUCUUUUUUUACACUA